UUGCCGCGGCGACGGGCGUCCCGCGUGCGUGACUUCAUGCGUCUGGAGAGCGCGAGCAGUUUUCCGUGCCGCUCUUUGCGCUUGGCUGCCGUCUCCUUCUUCUCCGCCGCACGCUUCCGCCUCUGUUCCCGCUCCGCUACCGCGUCCACGUCCGAGUCGGACUCGGGCCUGCGCAGGCGGAUGCGCUUCUUGGGCUGCACUUUGCGCUUGACGUCGCAUUCGCCAUCGGCCUUUGGGUCGUCCGUGUCGCUGCUGGAAGAGCUGUCGUCUUUAUCGGCGAUAAAGGAGCGCUUACGUUUACGCGAGACUGCGCGACUAUCGUCACUCGAAGACCCCCCCGUCUCGCCGCUCUCUGCCGCCGCGCUGCUGCCGCGAUACUCAGAGCCGCUGCUGCCGCUGUCGCCGCUGCCGCUGUCGCCGCUGCCGCUGCUGCUGCUCGUGCUGCCGAACGAGCCCUCGUCGCUGUCGUCCAGGAUGGAGGCGGGAAGACCGAUCUGCCGUUUCCGUUUGGACUCCGCCGCCUUGGUCUUACGCAUCGAAGCGAAGACCUUGCGCUUGUACAAACUCUCCAUCUUUGUUUGUGUUGCUCUUACAGACAAGGCCUUAAUCCUUCAUUCAAGAGCGCGAACGGGGGGCGCAGACGGUGAUCAUAGACGCGGAGAUUAAAUACGCACGCGGUGGAACGAGAAGGGGCGGAAAGGAGAAUGAGGACGCGUAUUUAUAUCGUAUUGAGUUCUUUUUGUGACCUGGGGCGAAGCGCUGCGGUCGUGCAUUCCGCCGCAGGGCGGUGGGUUAGCGGCGGGUUGGGGUCGGUCGGUGUUGUUGUUGUUGUGUGUUGAUCUUCUGGCUCGCGAGAAGGUGCUGCCUUUCACUUCUGGUGUCACUUCCGCUGCCAUUGGGAAGAAUCUCUUCCGGUGCACCCUGAUUAAAAGAAUAAAAGUCCCCUCUGCCCACUUGACCGUUGACAUCUCCCGGAUCGUAGACAACAACAAAUAGGAAUAAAUCAGACAGCAAGAACAACGUUACAGAACCCUGUAGUUUGUUCCGAAACCGAUACCUGACAUUACUCAUAGCUGUCACGCUGUCAGAAGCUGUCAGAAUACUUUCUUCUAUGUAAGAAAAGUAUUUUGACAGCUUCUGAGAGCUUCUGACAACUAUACAAAAGUAUUCUUUAGUUAGUUGAUUAGUUCAACAGGGUACAAUUAGAACUAUUUAUACAAAUGAAUAUAUUACAUGCAAGUUAUUUAUAGUAUAAAAUUAUUUGAACUAGUCAUCAUUGCAACACAUUGGUAUCGAUGAGAAAUCACACACGAUACACUUGGACUUUUAUCUUGAAAGCGGUUUCAAUACGACGCGCAGGACACGGAUGCGCGCGGACGAUCAUCAACAUACCCGUCAUGCGCAUGCGCAGUUCUAAUAUUUUGAUAUCGCCGUCAAACAUGGAUGUAUUAUAAGCUGUUAAAGAGCGUAAUCAGAUCUCCACACAACAUGCCUUGAAUACCAGCGACGCGCUCUUGCGUUCUUGCCACUCGUGUGGUCCUGUUGUGUCGCCACGGUUACUGGAUUCAAUAGGGGUAGCGGGAGAACCGAGUCUCCCGGUUAACGGGGAUGCCACGGCUGAACAAGACCGGCCUCCUCGCGGUCCUGUUAGCGGCGAGCUCCGCCUUCCUGCUCUUCCAACUCUACUACUACCGCCAGUCAUCGAAUGGAGGAAACACUUCACGGCAGAAAGACAAUCAAUGGGAAGCGCUGAGGCGUGUGAUGGCUGUGGCCCGCAAGCUGGCCCUGCCCAUCUUCCUGGCCGACCCAACAGCGCUGUCUCUGAUUGGCCAGACGGGCGGAUCGGCGGGCCUCGGGCGUGGCUGUAGCUUCCUGUGCACCGGGAGGCCGGUCACUGCCUUCGCCGCCAUCGCCGACCACUGGAAGUACGAUCGGCAGGCUGUUGCCACGGUAGCCAGUCAGAAGGGCCUGGAGGUGGAGCAGGUGCGCGGCCGUGACCCCCGGCUGCUGGAGGAAGGGGCAGAGCUGUCGGCAGCCCAGAUCCCUCUGCACUUCCUGUUCCGCUCAACCCAUGGCCACAUCGUCCAGGUGGUGUUGCUCUACCAGAGGAGUGGGGGCUAUCUUUGGCACGCCCCCCUGCGGUUAGCACCCAGCGCAGACCGCCGCCUGGCCCCACCCAACGCCCUGCCCUACGGACGCCACGCCGGGGCCUAUCGCAGGCCAGAUCUGGUGCUAACGAUGCUGGAUGGACUGGAUGUACAGGUUCCACGAAACUCCUCCCACUUCCUGACCCUGCGAAGCGAAGCGGACUUCAUAGAGUGCCGCCACAAAGAGGCCCGAGCCUUCUACCAGCUCUACCCUGAAGACGGCUCUGUGGAGGCGGCAGAGUUCCGGCGGGCGGCUCGCUCCGUGCUGUCGGUCGCCGCCCGGACCCUGGACUCCCUUAACGUCCCCUUCUGGAUCAGCAGCGGGACCUGCCUCGGAUGGUACCGUCAGUGUGGGUUCAUCUCAUACAGUCGUGAUGUUGACGUGGGCGUGUCCAUCCGUCACUACCGCCCCGACCUAGCCACCGCCUUUGCUAGCGCCGGCCUGCCCCUCAAACACAGCUUUGGCAGGGUAGAGGACAGUCUGGAGCUGUCCUUCCAGUCUCCGGGGGGCGGUGUGAAGCUGGACGUCUUCUUCUUCUACCAGGAGGAGAGCGAGGGAGUGAGCAUCGUCUGGAACGGCGGCACGCAGGCCAAGAGCGGCAGGAAGUUCAAGUAUGUGUUUCCUAGUUUUAAACUCUGCUGGGCGGAGCUGGCGGGCGUGCGUGUGCGUGUUCCGUGCACGACCCUGGACUAUGUGCGCGCCAACUACGGGCACGAGGCGUGGUCGUCCCCGGAGACCGCCUGGGACUGGAAGACCUCGCCCGCCAACGUGAUGGAGAACGGAGUCUGGCCCCGGGGGGACUGGGGCCAGGUCAUCCAGUCCUACUGAGAUACACGGCGUCAGAUACACUUCAUCACACUGCAUCGGUUACACGGCGACAUACUGCCUCGUAAUGACUCGGAUAUACUGACUCAGUGGCUCAGACACACUGACUCAGACACACUGACUCAUACUGACUCAGACAUACUGACUCACACUGACUCAGGUAUAUUGACUCUCUGACUCAGAUAUACUGACUCACACUGACUCAGGUACAGUAUAUUGACUCACUGACUCAGAUAUACUGAGUCUUACUGACUCAGAUAAACUGACUCACACUGACUCAGACAUACUGAAUCUUACUGACUCAGACAUACUGACUCAGACAUACCAGCUCACACUGACUCAUACUAACGCAGUAUUAUAACCAACUAUGCCAGAAAUGCUGACAUGUUCCAUCAAAGCCGACAGGACCUUGCUAAAACAUUUUUACAGUAUUGGCCGUGUCAGCCGGACUAUAUUACAGAUAAUUUCCUCCAUCAAUGCUACUGGUGUGGGCACAGCCGUUGUCCGAGAACUGUUUACUACUUUGUUAAAAACGUUGCUGUAAAGUAUCAUUGAAAAAUACUUUUCAUGUAUUUAAUUUUUUGUUUUUGCCUUUAUGCUGCUGGCAAUGUGAGCUGUUCUGACGUGUUUUGUUUCAUCUUAUUAAUGCCAUUAGCAACAAUCAUUUGUUUUGCCCCAUGCUAACGAUUACUAUCACUUCAAGCAUAAAUGUUCUUACAAAACCGACUGUUUUAGUUUUCAUUGAAUAAUAAAGUUCAGACAAAACAUUGUU